CGCAGGCAUGCUUCGCCUCGCCAUGGAGCUGUGCUGGACCAACUUCUCGCGACUGUGGCGCGGCCACUCGUGCGCCAGCUUCAAGCUGCUCGUCCGCAUCGCGACCAUCUGCGUGUGCAGCAUCGUGGUGGCCGUGCAGCUGUUCGACUGCUUCUCGAAGCUGAUCCACCCGCCCAUAUCCUCGCACACGAGCAUCAGUAUCAACGAGACGCUGGCCUACCCGUCCGUCACCAUCUGCCGCAGCCCCGGCUACAAGACGCACGUGCUGCAGAAGUACAACCUGGGCACCAGCCUGAGGAGGAACUCCGUGUGGAGGCAGUUCCCGUACGAGAACGCGACCCUGCAGCAGUUCUGGGACGAGGCCACCUACAAGUUCAGCGAGACGGUCAGCCUGCACGCGCUCAACUACCUGGCCGAGAACGUGGCGGUGAGCGAGCGCAUGUACAACCUGCUGGGCCAGUGCUACAUCUUCGACCCGCUGACGGAGACGGCGCAGUCGGGCAAGUCCGUGGGCUACGCCUUCACGCUGAGCCACCGCGACCCGCUCAACGACGGCAGCACCGACUUCUCGUCGUCGUGCAGCGCCGGCUGGCGCGUCUUCAUCCACGCGCCCAACGAGCAGAUGUCGGAGGACGCCGGCUGGUCGCGGGCGCAACUGGAGAGCCUCUGCCUCGACAUCGGCCAGGAGAUGCACGUCAAGCUGACGGCGGACGAGUUCCAGAUGCUCAACAUAGAGGGCAGGCAGGUGUGCAACCCGAACCCCAACUACAGCCAGUCAUACUGCGAGGACGAGUGCUUCUGGCAGCAGCUGACGGUCCGCCACGGCUGCAGCACGCCCUUCAUGCCCGCCAUCGCCCUCCCGCACUGCGACAACGGCACCGCCAUGUUCGAGCUGGUGCGCGACUACAUGGGAGCCAAGUGGAACGCAUCGCUGUGCAACUGCCCUCGGCCCUGCAAGUCCGUGCUCUACCAGUCGUUCGUGCUCAACCGCCGCAACAUGACCAACAGCAUGGACCCGAACCUCAGCCAGCUGUACGUGUUCUACAGCUCGCACAUCGUCAAGAACAUCCGAGAACACUACUCCUACAACUGGAACUCGUUCCUGGCCGACCUGGGCGGCAGCCUGGGCUUCCUGCUGGGGCUGUCGGUGAUCGGCCUCAUCGAGCUGCUGGAGAAGGCCGUGGAGAAGACGGUGGGCUACGUGGACCUCAAGAUGAGCUCCAAGAACAACUCCCGGGACGAGCGGGAAACGAGAGAUGAGAGAAGCAGCGACAACAUGGAGAUCGCCAUAAUCACCACGGAGAAGAUGAAGGCAAAUCAUAACUGAAGAACUGAAGUGUUGGUUCGAUGACCAGCCAGUGCCAGAGGUCAGCGGGCUUCUCGACCGGCGAGUUUCAGUGUUUCAGGGAGCGACGUGAAUUUCUCGACUAAUUUCUCUCGAAAAAUAAUGGAUGGUAUUUACUAUGUUCCUUUAGAGUAAAUGGUUAAACAGUCCACUGUCGCAUCCAAGUUUGCUUCUAGAAGUAGAUACACACUGAGGCUUCUUGACUGGAUGGAGAGUGGACUGGUGAUAGAUUUUUGUUUUAAUAUUUUCUUAAAUUGUAAUAAUGUUUUAGAAAAUAUUAACACUGAGAGGUUAAGUGGAGAUGGCUUAUAGACUUACUUAUUCUAAAAUAAUCCAGAGCCCGUGUUAGAACUGGAACCAAGAUUCCAAGAGUUACAUGAUACCUAGACCACCAAACCACCCCCCCCCCCUUUUUUUUUUUAAAUUUCUAAUGUCCAGUCAAUUUCAUUGUUUUAUAUAUAUAUAUAUAUAUAUACACACAUAUAGUUAUAAUUAGAAUUAAAUCUGACUAAAGACUGAACUAAUAGCAUACCUACCAUAAAAAAAAUUAAGACAAAUACAUUUUAAACAGGCAGGUUUAUAUACAUAGUUUCGAUUAAUAUAAGGUAGGGGAGACAAGGGGCUAGUUGUCACAGGGGCAAGUUGACAAACUCUUUAUGUAGAUAUUUCUAAUGGAUAGAAUGUACAUAUAUAUUUUCAUCCACAGGUUACACGAGUCACUUGACAGACGUAAAAUUAUUUACUUGCUGACUGUGGCCUUUAUUUCUUCAGAAUAACCAUGUUUAUGUAAAUGAUAAGUGCUAGUAAAAAUGUUUUAUCUACUUAAUCAGUCACUGUGCAAGUUCUU